AUGGCUCACUUACAUCGUUAUAAUCAGUCAUCUGUGUCUGAGUUCAUCCUUGUUGGUCUUUCUGAAACUUCAGAACCUCAAGUUAUCCUCUUUCUCAUUUUUCUUUGCAUUUACCUUAUCACUAUUAUUGGUAACAUUAUUAUCAUAACGGUCAUUUCAUCUGACCAGCGGUUCCACACUCCUAUGUACUUUUUCUUAGCCAACCUUGCCGUCAUUGAUAUCAUCUUUUCAUCGGUUACAGUUCCAAAGCUUUUGUCCAUCUUGAUCACCGCUAAGAAGUUCAUCUCCUACUCAAGUUGCCUUACCCAGCUCUCAUUCUUCCAGUUCUUUGUGGUGGCUGAAUGCUACCUUUUGGCAGUAAUGGCCUAUGACAGAUAUGUAGCUAUUUGCUUUCCACUCAACUACACUCUAAUCAUGAGUCGAAUGGUCAGAAUACGGCUUGUGAUUACUUGCUGGGUUUGUGGUUUGAUCAAUUCAACAGUUCAGGCUCUCUCAAUAUCCAGGCUUAACUUUUGUGGCACCAAUGUGGUUGAACAUUUUUUCUGUGAUGUCACUCCAUUGUUUAAGCUUUCUUGCUCGGACACUAAAAUAGAUGAGAUAGUCUUUUUGCUGGUUGUAGUAUUUGCAGGUUUUGUUCCAUUGUUUUUUAUUCUUGUGACUUAUGGGCGCAUCAUUUAUGCUGUCACCAGAAUUAACUCCAGAAGUGGUCGGACAAAGACGUUCUCCACUUGUGCUUCUCAUUUCACUGUGGUUGCUUUGUAUUAUGGGUGUGGAACCUUUAGCUACAUUUGGCCAUCUUCUACAGCUGCAAUGGACAAAGAUGUGAAGGUGGUGGCUGUGUUAUACACAAUCAUGACUCCUAUGUUAAACCCCAUUAUUUAUAGUCUGCGCAAUAAGAAGGUAAAAGAGGCACUUAGUAAAUUUUUAGAAAAACUUUUCUCUAGGGAUGCAGAUGGUGUUCCUCCAGCAAUUAAGAAGUUUAUUGGUACUGGUAUUAUGAAGGCCCUGGUUGCAGUUCCUUCUAAUAAUAUAAGUACUGAUCUACAAAAUACUGAAGUUUCCUCAAAUGAUGAGGAUUCCUCUAACAGUGAGGCUUCCUCAUCGGAUACAUCUCACCCCAGCAAGAAAUACAGACUUAAAAUCCCAGCAAGCUCUGCAGCCAUACAUCUCACUCCCAACAAGAAAUACAGACUUAAAAUCCCAGCAAGCUCUGCAGCCAGACAUCUCACUCCCAACAAGAAAUACAGACUUAAGAUCCCAGCAAGCUCUGCAGCCAGACAUCUCACUCCCAACAAGAAAUACAGACUUAAAAUCCCAGCAAGCUCUGCAGCCAGACAUCUCACUCCCAACAAGAAAUACAGACUUAAGAUCCCAGCAAGCUCUGCAGCCAGACAUCUCACUCCCAACAAGAAAUACAGACUUAAAAUCCCAGCAAGCUCUGCAGCCAGACAUCUCACCCCAGCAAGAAAUACAGACUUAAAAUCCCAGCAAGCUCUGCAGCCAGACAUCUCACCCCAGCAAGAAAUACAGACUUAA